AUGAAGGGACUCGCUCUUCUCUCAGCCAUUGCCGGCCUCGGCGCCGUCAUGGCCACUCCCACGCCUUCCAAGAGCGAUCCUCCUUCCAAGAGGGCCUCGCUGCCCGCCGUCUCGGCCUCUGGAAAUGCAUUCUGGGCCGAUGGCAAGCGCUUCUAUCUGCGCGGCAUAGACUACCAGCCUGGUGGUGCUGCUGCCAACGAGGAUCCCCUCGCUGAUCCCAAGACUUGCCUCCGAGACAUCAAGAACUUCAAGGACCUCGGAGUCAACACUAUUCGUGUUUACGCCGUCGACAACUCAAAGAGCCACGAUGAUUGCAUGAAUGCUCUCGCCGAUGCCGGCAUCUACCUGGUCCUCGACGUCAACAACCCGGGCUACUCCAUCAACCGCAAGACCCCCGAGCCGUCCUACAACACCAUGUAUCUCCAGAGCGUUUUUGCCACCGUCGAGAUGUUUGCCAAGUACGACAACACUCUGGCCUUCUUCUCCGGCAACGAGGUUAUCAACGACGAGCCGGGAACGGACAAGUCUGCUCCCUUCGUCAAGGCCGUCACUCGCGACAUGAAGAACUACAUGAACGAGCGAGGACUGCGCAAGGUCCCCGUUGGAUACUCCGCCGCCGACGUCUCCUCCAACCGCAUGCAGACGGCCAUGUACAUGAACUGCGGCAGUGACGAUAUGCGAUCUGACUUCUUUGCCUUCAACGACUACUCGUGGUGCAACAGCGACUUCAAGACCUCUGGCUGGGACCAAAAGGUGAAGAACUUUACCGACUAUGGCAUUCCCAUCUUCCUGUCCGAGUGGGGUUGCAUCAAGAACCGUCCUCGCAAGUUUGAGGAGCUGUCUGCUCUCAUGAGCGACGAGAUGACGGGCGUCUACUCUGGCGGCAUCAUGUACGAAUACUCCAAGGAAGACAACGACUAUGGAAUUGUCACUAUCAAGGGUGACUCCAUCUCCAAGUCGGACGAGUACAACCUCUUCAAGAGUGCCUUGGCCAAGAACCCGACUCCCACCGGUUCUGGCGGUGCCGCCAGCUCCAGCCACGCUGCCAAGUGCCCGCCCAAGGACUCUAGCUGGAACGUCGACCCCAGCCUGGUUCCCGAGAUGCCUGAGGCUGCCAACAAGUACAUGAAGAAGGGUGCUGGCGACGGUCCCGGCCUCGGCGGCGACGGCUCUCAGAACGCUGCCGACAGCGGUACUGCCACGGCUAGUGUCACGGGAGGCACGGCUUCUCCCACCGGCACAUCUGGCUCUCAGGAGACCGAGUCCGACAGCGCCGCCGGCUCCAUCGCCCACGGCCCUCUGGACACGACGCCUUUUGUCGUGUCCGGCCUGGCCCUCCUCGUUCACCAUGUUUGGCACUCUUCUGCUCUAAGUGAUUGA